GAGCGAUUUCUGUUUUUACUGUCACAAAUCAACAUGGCGUCUCACAUGGCUAGAGCGGCUGCGAUCGCGAAGCAAGUAAAAGUGAUAACCAACAACCCAGAGGCAGCCAGAAGAAGGGUUAUUCAGCUUUACAAAGCCUGGUAUCGAGAAAUACCAGAAACGGUGCGACAAUUCCAGCUGGACCUGACGGUGAAGCAGUGCCGUGUGAAGCUACGAGAAGAGUUCAUGAAGAACGCCCAUGUUAAGGAUCCCCGGGCCAUAGAUCUGCUCGUUAUCAAGGGCAAGAUGGAAUUAGAGGAAACCAUCUGCGUUUGGAAGCAGCGAACCCAUGUCAUGCGGUACUUCAGAGAGUCGGAGAAACCGCCCAAGACAGAUUUCUUAUCCAAAUUCUACGAGGGGAAAGAUUGAUGAACUGCAAACUGACAACCGUUUUUAUUGAACUUUGGAAUAGAAUAUUAAAUUUUAUGACAACUUGUUGUAGAUUUGUUUUGACGUGGAAUGUUCCCAGCUUCAGAAUGACAUGUGUCUUUGUUGUGCUGUGAUUAUUGAUCUAGAGGGUAUGAAGAUUAUUUUUAAGAAUUGACUUGUCUUGGGCCUAUUACACGGGUGCGUGCAAGGCGCAUUGUAUAUGAGGUUAACCAUUGUACAAUGUACAUGUGUUUUUACAGACUGGACAUGUGGCCGUUCUCGACCAAUGAAAUGACAGUAUCCAAGCACAUGGUAUAACAAUACCAUUUGAUUACUUCACGAUGUUGGACUUCAAAAAGAUUCAAGAAACAUCUGCAUCCAACCAGGAAAUUAGGGAGUACACAGUUUACCAUGUUUACUGCAAAAUGUUUUGUGAAAAACUCGGUUAUUUUCAGUGCGUUUUUAAUUGAAGUGACAACAGUUAAAUUGACUGUGAUAUGUAUGCAUGUUCAUCUCCAUUGCAAGGUUUGCCAGAAUUUCAGCUGUACAGAAUAAACUAUAUUAAUUUCUAUUGUUGACACAAAAA